AUCUUUCGAGUCUUCUCUAGGGUUGUGAGGGGCGCCUUCGAGGAGUGUUGACAGCCUUUCCGUUUUGUCCUCUCUCUCCCUGAAAAGAAGGUUUGCCUGCGAGACAAAGGACCUCCCUCUAGCUGGCUGCUCUGCCCAGCGACUUCAGGUGGAAAGAGUGUGUACACGUGCGUUGCCGGCGUUCUGUUUGUCGCUUUCCCCAAUCUCCUGCUCCUCUGACUCUACACAUACACAGAGAAUUGCGUUUCUGCACACUGAUCACUGAAGUGCACAGGUAUCGAUGUAAGUAAAGCCUGUCCGUGGUGUCAAUGUAGCGAUGUGCACACACGCCUGUACACCAGACAGCACGUAUGUGGAUAUUUCUCUUUCGCGACUCGUCUUCGAGUUUUCUCGAAGAGGAGAUUCUGACUGGAUCAGUAAAAUAGGAAGCGACCGGGAAAAAAGUAUGAAAAUGAGUUGAGAUACCACACCUCACCGGCCUUGCCGCGUGGGUCCUCUGCUGCCCUCUCGUGCCUUCCUCAUCCCUCGCCUUCCCCUUCUUCUCUUUCUCCUCUCUUAGUCGUUGCUAUUCGCCUGUUUCUCCUCUCGCUCUCUGGCACAAUGACACAUGUCUCUGCGUGGGAAUCAUAAUCCCGACCCUCUCCCUCGCUUCUCUCUCUGUCGCUUCCUUUCUUCUUUCUCCGGGUGUCUCUUCACCUCAAGAUGGCGCGUGUCUCUGAGGCCUUGAGUUUUUCUUCUCUCUCUUUUCCUGCUCUCUCUGCGCCGGAAAUCGAGGAAAGUGGGCCUUCCUUCGUUCCGCGAGUUCUGCGAAUCAACAACGAAGCCUCGCUGAAGGGACGCGGCGGCAUCGUGUCAGUCGCCGCGGGCAGCAGGUGUCUGUACAUUGCGUGCUUGAACGGAGACCUUCUUCGCUGGUAUCCCGACGAGAAUGAGGGCACUCGCAUAGAGUUCCAGGCCCCCAGAGCCACAGAUCGGCUCGAGAUUCGCCGGGUGUUUCUCGACGAGAAAGGCAUGCACUGUCUGGUGGCGAUGGCGAAUGGAGACAAUUAUUACGUGCACUACAGCAGCAGCCAGGCGCGAUUCCUAACCCGCUUGCAGGAUCACUUUGUUGAGAGUGUCGCGUGGAACAGAAACACAACAGAGUCGUCCACUCGCGACUUCAUUAUCGGAACGCGGCACGGAGUCUUGCUGGAGUGUCUGAUUGAGGGCGGCAAGGAUCGGCACGUCCGACCGCUUUUUGAAUUCCCCAAAAGGACCCCUGUACUGGAUGUACACGUGGAGACCGCUCCUUUGCCAGGGGGGGGACAUCGGCAACUGCUUUUGGUGGCGAUCCCGAGGCACCUGUACCUCUUUGUGGGGAAUCCGACGCUCUCUGCAGUAUUUCAGAAUCUUUCUUCGUCGGAUCUUAAAACUUUCUUGGCAUUUGAAGUGCCCCAAGAAAGUCCACAAGCAGGCCCCGUGCUCCAGCUGCUGAAGAAGAAAGGCAGCGUGGACGUGCUCGUUUUCUGGACCACGGGCAUCGGCAUCGUUUCUUCCACUCUCUGCCUCUCUUCUUCCUCUGCCGAUGGCGCUUCGUCGCCGCUGCCCCCUGCGCGUGCCUUCUUUUCUUCUGAAUCGCCCGUCGUCAUCUCCUUUCCUUUUCCCUCUCUGCAAGAAGACACUUCUUUUUUCGGAGGCUCUGAGGGAGGAGCAGAGAGUGAAAGAGACAGAAGAGGCAAGGGGGCCAGAGACGACGACGACGCGUUGUUCCCCUCCAGCCCUGGAGGUCCUCCUCCCCUUUCUGUGACGGUCACAGAUUUUCAUGUUCUGUUGCUCUACGACGACAGGCUCGUUGCUCUCUCAAGAAUCACACAUGAGAAGGUUGUGGAGCUUCCACUUUCGGGUGUGAAGUACGGCACAGUUCGUCGUCUUCUGCAGGACCGUUUCGACCAAUCUGUUUUUCUCUACACGGACGCCUUCGUCUGUCAACUUGUCAUCUCAAAAGAGUCUGCGCAGGCCUGGCGGCUGUACCUUCAGCAGGGCAAGUUCGCGGUGGCUCUUUCACACUGCGCGACGGCGGCGCAGCGGGAGCGAGUGCUGGUCUCCCAAGCAACGUGGCAUGUUGGUCGCGGGAGAUUUGUAGAAGCUGCUGAGUUGCUCGCGCAGACCCGGUCGGUGCCUUUCGAAGACAUUUGCCUCUUUUUCCUCGCCCACUCCCAGCCACUCGCUCUCCGCAGUUUCUUCCUCAGUCGAUACAAGCAGCUCGCGAACGCCGUCGGCGCCGGACCCGAGAUGCCCUUCCGAACUCCUGGCGGCGCACAGCCUCUCAACGGCGAAGGCGCAGGCCACUUGCGCCCGUCUGCUGCUUCUCCGACCCCUCAGCAAGUGAUGCUGUUUGUGUGGACUGUGGAGCUGUUUCUCCACGAACUGGCGCAGCUCGACUCGGCGUUGUCGUGCAGACUGAGGCGCGACCGAAAUCUAGGAAGAGACGAGACGAGCGCUGCACCGGCAAGCGAAGAAGAGACGCGCGAGGAAGAGGAAAGAGAGAGAGCCGUGGAGCUGCUGCGCAAGAGACAACGAGAAACGGAAGAAGAACUUCGGCGACUGCUCGCAGAGUUCCGGGGCGUCGAUGAAGUCCAGGCUACGGUAUACACGCUACUGCAGGCUCACGGCCGAUUCGAGCAUCUCCACUUUUUUGCUGAACUCUGUGGGGACUUCGAGAGCGUCGUCAUUCACUACCUGACGCGCCAGGACUACGCAACUGUCAUUGAGAAACUGGCACAGAUGAGCGAUCUGCCGCUCCGAGAUGCUCUUCUCUACCGCUUGGCACCUCUCCUCUUUCGCCAUGAGCCUCGAGCGUUCACAGCUCUUUGCUGCGCGCCCGCCUUCUCGCACAUCGACUCGGCGCGACUCAUCCCUGCUCUGCUGCACUGUCGAGGAACGAAACAGCAGAAAGAAAACGCAGAAGCAGAAGAAGAGAGGGGAGGCGAGAGAGGCGAGAAGACAGGAGAGAAGAAGACAAAGGGAGAAGAGCGUCGCGAGUGCGCCAUUCACCUCCUCACCCAUUUCGCUCGACAAGCGACGAACUGCCGAGACGCCUCAGUUUUGGGGAUCUCCGGUGGCUCUCCGAGUGAGGUGCCGGGAUCCUUUGCUCGUCGACCCACAGCGGCUGCACCUCGUUUGCAGAACUCGCAGAACGCGUCUUUUUCGACUUCUCAGAAAGGCAGAGAAAUCCAAGGAAGUUGGAAGGGCUCGACGGGUCUCUGGAACGCCCUGAUUGUGCUCAAGGCCGAGUCUGGAGACGAAGAAGAUCUCCUGCGCCUCCUCGCUGCCCAGAAACCUGGACACCUUCCCUUCGACCCUCAGUUCGCGUUGCGCUUCUGCCUCGAGAAUAAACGCGAGAGAUCUGCGGUGCUGCUCUACGGACUCCUCGGUCUCCACAAGGAGGCCGUGGAAAAAGCUCUGUCGACAAACGACAUGACUCUCGGUCAACAUGCAGCCAACGCCCCGACAGAUCCUGCACAACGACAGCGACUCUGGUUGCGUCUUGCUCAACACGCAGCUGUCCACGAAGACGUACCGGCCCUCGUAGCUCUCGUCAGACAGUCAGGAAAUCUGCUGAAGAUUCAAGAUGUCCUUCCGUACAUUUCGGACUCGACAGUCAUCGAUUCGUUGAAGGAAGACAUUUGCGCGUCGCUGGACGCAUACGAGCAACGCAUAGCGUCCAGAUACCAAGAAAUGGAAACACACAAAGAAGCGAUUUCUGCUCUCAAAGAAGAGUUGAAAACUGUGAAUCAACGGUGCGUUGUUGUAGAAGUCGACCAGAGCUGCGACGUCUGUUGCGAACCGAUCUUCACUGAGAGAUUCUACGCGUUCGGUUGUGGCCACUGCUUCCACGCCUCUUGCUGUCAGCGUCUUCGCGUCCCUGCCAUGGAUGUGGACACCCUCGCUGAAUUCGAACGGCGCAUCGUCGACCUCGAUCGAGCUAUGGAACGAGGUGCGCCUGCAGAAGAUUUGGAGCAACUUGAAAGCGCUGUCGACGAUAUUCUGGCUGGCGAGUGCUCGAUAUGCGGGACUCCGAUGAUUCGAUCGAUUGCUCUCCCAUUCAUUGGAGCAGGAGAAAGUCUGGAGGAAAUCAACAGUUGGAACAUUGUCGAAGAUCCGAGUGACCUUCAGGAUGAAGAUGGGGAAAGCUAAAAAUGAACAUGAAACGAGAGAAGAGAGAAAAGAGGAAGUGAAAAUGAGAGCGACACGUACAGAAAAGACUAGACAAGGUGCAGAAGGAGGGGGUUUCCCGACUUCCAAACUUCUCGCCGAUAACGAGGUUUGCAGCGAUCCUCCCUGUCUCUGUUUGCUGUUUGUGUCUCACACUUUUGUUCUUUCGCCUUUUCGUUUUCGUGUUUUAACAAAAGAACACGUUUUCGAGGCUCUCCAUAUGGGUAUUCUUUCACUGUUCCGCUUUUUCGUUUUGGUCCUCGCUGUCAGCAUCUUUUCUGUCUUUUUGCAGAUUUUCGUCUGCCUCUCCUCUCGGUUCUCCUUGCCCAUGUGUCUACCUUGUUGAUCUUCUCCGGCAGUCUCUAGUGCGUUACCUAUCUAAUUCAGUCUAUAUCGACAUCUGUCGAUCUGGAUCUGUGUCUAAAUCGAUCUCGAUCUGUCACGAUCUACACCUAUGUCUACGUAGUUCUAUCCAUCUGGAACUCUAUCUAUCAAUAUGUAUCUCAAUCUAUUACGUAUAUCAAUAUAUGUGUAGUCCCACGAAAAACUCUGUCAAUGUAAAACCCGUUUCUAUACGCAUUCCUAUCUGUAUGGAAAACGAUCUAUAUCUACAUCUGUAUGCAUAUCUACCUAUCUGUAUAUCUGUCGGUAUCUAGAUCUGUGUAUUUCUCUCUUUCUGUCCUUCUUUCACCCCACUCCGGUGUUGCUUGUGUUCUUUCUCGAGGCAUGCCACUGCUUCGUUGUGGGUCCCGAGUGGUUUUCCUACUUCUCUAACUAGAUGUUGUUGAACGCUCGCACAAGGGAGCCGAGAACUGUUCUCGAAGCACAGACACCCGCCCCUUUCUCGUCUGUCUUUCGGCCCCUACAAAAGGCGUCUUCAAUCAACUUCUUUUGAACUGGAAAACCUUACUUGCGAAAGAUGCAGCCAACGAAUGAGGGUGUAUCGAGAGUGAGGAUUUCUUCCCCGUC